GGAAAUAGGCGAGAAUCGCAUUCUUAUUAAGGGACAAUAGUUUUUAGUAACAACGACACUACAGUUUUGUCAGUGCAUCGCAGCGGACGUAAACAUCUAUAGAAGAUGACACCCAGGCCAGAAGAAACUGUUGGCAAGCCCAUAGCUAUGGGUGGUAAGACAGAUGGCGAUGCUGUGGUCAUCUCUGGAAUAUCGGGCCUUUAUCCGAUGUCGCACCACGUGAAAGAGUUCAGUGACAAUCUAUAUAACAAGGUCAAUACCGUUACACAAGAUAACGAGAGAUGGAGGUCGAACCACCCGGAAGUGUCGCAGUAUACGGGCACUGUUCCCGGGCUGGACCGCUUCGAUGCGCAAUUCUUCAAGGUCCACUUCAGACUUGGCACCAGCAUGGACGCUAUGUCCAGAAAAAUCCUGGAGCAGACCUACCAAGCGCUUUAUGAUGCAGGUCUAAAUCCCGAUCAGCUAAAUGGGAAGAAAAUUGCUGUGUUCAUCGGUGCGUGCUUCUCUGAGACGGAAAAGGCAUCGUUCUAUGUAGCCAGCGUGAGGACAGGUUUUGGUAUCCUCGGGUGUAAUAAAUCUAUGUUCGCCAACCGAAUUUCUUACUGGCUAAACCUGAAAGGCCCAUCCAUGGCUAUCGAUGAGGCUUGCUGCAGUUCUUCUGGAGCUCUCGCACAGGCUUACCAGGCACUCACUAGAGGUGACUGCGAGGCGGCUAUUGUUGGUGGUGCUAACUUGUUCUUGCACCCUCAGUCCUCCAUCCAUACUGGCCGAAUUGUAGCCAAUUGCCCUGAUGGUAAAACAAGAUCUUUUGACGACAACGCUAAAGGAUGUGCUAAAUCGGAAGCCAUUCAAGUUGUUUUUUUGCAGAAGGCGAAGGAUGCUUUCAGAGUUUACGGGGAACUGGUUCAUAUAAAAAAUGAUUACAUUGGUGUAAAAGGCUCCGGUACUGAACACGGAUUUCACAGAGACCCAGUCGCUUUGAGCAACUACUUGAAGAGUUUCUAUGAUGAAGUCAGUGUUCCCCCUGAAGCUGUGGAAUACGUGGAAGCCAUGGGAGCUGCCAUUCCUGAUGCAGAUAAAACAGAGUUAGAAUCCAUUGACAAUGUUUUUUGCAAAAACAGAAGAAACCCAUUGUUAGUAGGCAGUGUGUUAUCUAACAUUGGAUACACGGAAGCUUCGACGGGGCUGUGCUCAUUAAUAAAGGUGUUAUUGGCCUUUCAAACCGGCAAGAUUCCUGCCAACUUGCACUGCUCUAACCCUCGAAGUGAUGUGCCCGCCCUGCAGGAUGGUAGGAUACACAUCGUCACUGAGAACAAACCAUUUCAGCGUGGCUACGUCGGAAUUAAUAACCACUCCAUCACUGGGUGUACUGCACAUAUGUUAGUCGCUGGAAGGUAUAAGCCAAAGGAUUAUGCGCGAUACAAGUCGAGUAUACCACAUCUCUUGACGGUAUCUGGAAGGCAUGAAAACGCUGUCCAGAAGCUAUUUGACGAUUUGAAAUCUCGUCCAGUGGAUCCCGAGGAGUUGGCGCUACUUCACAACAUACACAGUACAAAUAUCUCUGGACACCUUGGCAGAGGAUUUAUAAUCCUUGAUACGGAUGCUGAACAGAAGACGGUGAGCCUGACGGAGCAGGUGGAGUACUUUGAUAAUGCACGUCGCCCGCUGUGGUUCGUGUACAGCGGGAUGGGCUCGCAGUGGGCCGGCAUGGGCACGAAACUAAUGCGCAUACCUACCUUCGCCGCCGCCAUCGAGAGAUGUCAGCGUGCUCUCGAGCCGAAGGGAGUCGAUCUAGUUCAUAUUAUAACUUCCACUGACAAAAAAAUCUUCGAUAACAUUCUUCACUCGUUUGUUGGCAUCGCUGCUAUACAGAUUGGGCUCACGGAUAUUCUGCGAGAACUUGGACUGGUCCCUGAUAAAAUUAUCGGUCACAGUGUAGGUGAGCUGGGAUGCGCGUACGCAGACGGUUGUUUUACGGCCGAGGAGAUGAUCUUGUCCGCGUACAGCCGCGGGCUGGUCUCCGUGCAGACGCCUUUCAUCCGAGGCUCCAUGGCAGCCGUUGGCAUCGGCUACAAAGAAGUCAAAGACAUGCUCCCUCCAGAAAUCGAGGUGGCUUGCCACAACUCGGCGGAGUCCAGCACUAUAUCAGGUCCAGCUGACGUGAUGCGAGAGUUCGUUACGGAUCUCUCCGCAAAAGGAAUCUUUGCAAAGGAAGUGCCGUGCUCCAACAUCGCGUACCACUCCCGUUACAUCGCCGAAGCUGGGCCAGGACUCUUGAAGUACUUAACUGAAGUAAUAAAGGAGCCAAAACAGAGGAGCGACCGUUGGGUGUCCACAUCUGUGCCGAUUGACAAGUGGAAUGAACCAGAAGCCAAAACCUCGUCAGCUCAAUACCACACUAACAAUCUACUGAAUGCAGUACUUUUUGAAGAAACAGCUACACUAAUCCCGGCUAACGCAGUGCUGGUAGAAAUUGCCCCGCACGGGCUACUGCAGGCCAUCUUGAAACGUUCGCUACCCGUCUCCUGCAAGCACAUACCUCUUACGCGCCGUGGACAUCCUGAUAAUGCACUGAUGUUACUCGAAGGGAUUGGCAAGUUGUUCAUGGAAGGAUAUCAUCCUAAAGUCCAAGCUUUAUACCCAAAAAUAGAGUACCCAGUAUCUACUGGAACCCCAAUGCUGUCACAUCUGGUGGAGUGGGCCCACAACGAGAAAUGGCCAUUACCGUUUUACGUUGCUGCACAUAGAAAAAUUGCAGCAGCUGCUACAUAUAUAGUUUGCCUUCAUGACCCGGAAUUCAGUUAUCUAAGUGGUCAUGUUGUUAAAGGAAAAAACGUUUAUCCCUAUGCGGCUGCCUUAGUAGCUGUUUGGGAUACUUUAGCAAUGUCGAAACACAAACCGAGGAAAAGUCUGUCGGUGGCUUUCAGUGAUGUUCAAUUUUACGCACAGCCUGUUCUAAACGACAUUAGACCAUUGAAGAUCAGUGUGGCGAUACACAGAGGACAAGGUCGCUUUGAAGUUAUGGAAGGCAAUUCAAAAAUAGUAACUGGGUACAUAAACGAGGACUUAAAUGAUAGAGUCAUAAAUUCUCUGGAAACAACGGAAGAAAAUAUGAUUUACAAUAGCAACGAUAUAUACCAAAUACUUUAUGAUAGAGAAUAUACAUAUGGCGGUAUAUUCCGUAGCAUCUACGCAGUUAACGAGUCUCUUACCAAAGCUAAGUUACUUUAUAACAAUAAUUGGGUAACUCUUAUUGACGGCAUGCUACAGAUGAAUAUUUUACGGAGGAAACACGAUACUUUCUCUAGACCCUUGGGGAUAAGGAAAAUGUAUAUCAGCACUAAAGAACAUAGUCUGGCGCUCACGACAGACUCAAAUGGAAAAGUUAUUCUUACAGCUGAAGUAGACGAAAUAUUAAACAAAACUAGCUGUGCAGGCAUUACUAUGGAAUCGUUCAAAUUCAAUGAUCUCGCUCAUUCUAAUGCAGAGCAAGCUGUUAUAAGAUCUUUGCAAUUCAUUCCUCAUUUUAAUCUAUCGCCAAGUGAUAUCAAAACAUCAGUCGACAUUUGUCUUCAAAUUGUAUCUGCAAACGUUAACAGAAAAGUGUUGAGUAUUAUAGAAAUUUUAACUGGUUCUAAGAGGAGCACAGUAUCUGCAAAUAUCGGGAGAAUUGAUUUGCCUGAUCUGGAAAUUGAUUUACGUCAGUUGAGUACAGAAGAACUAUCCCGUGAAAAAUUGGCUAAUGCUGAUUUGAUAUUAGUCGAAAAUCUUUCUAUGGAUGACAAUAUGUGUGAACUUUUGUACAGCGUUACAAGAAAAAACGUCUUCAUCCUAAGCAUCGAACAGAGUUCCCAAGAUGUAGUACGCGUAAGACCUUCCAAUGUUUACCGAAUAGUAGCUUCGCAGAAUGCUGGCGAUAUAAAGUUAAAUCUUUUAAAAUGGCGACCAACUUCAUCGUCUUCCACAACCGCUCUUACGAUUAGAAAUGAAAGUGAUUUAGGCAUGCUGUCCUCAACGAGAAAUUGUUUACCACCAAACCAUAAAUUAUUGGUUUUAAGCUCCUAUCCACCUGUACCAGGCGUAAAAGAUCUAGUGGAAAAAUGGAGAAAAGAAUCAAUACUAAACGAUGUUUACUUAGUAAUGGUUAAAUGUAGUAAAAGUGAAGAUGAAAAUCAAGUCGAAUUGCCAGAACUGGAUUUGGCAGUCAAUAUACUCGAUGAAGGUAUUUGGGGAGGUGAAUACUAUCUACCAUUGGAAGACAAGACCUCCGUGUCUCCUUACAUAACUUUACGAAGCAAAUGCAUUGGUGAUCUCGAUUCGUUAAGUUGGGUUGAAAUGCCAGAGCCUGAACCCCGUGGAAUUCCCGUUACGGUACAUUACGCAGGGCUGAAUAGUGUAGAUUCAAUGAAGACUAUGGGAACAGGUGGUGUGAAGAAAGGGGAUAUUGAGAAUAUUUCAUAUGGCAUGGACUUCAGUGGUGUCACUAACAGCGGCGCCCGCGUGAUGGGUCUGGUGGAGUCUGGUGCAGCGAGCACCCUCGUGAUGGCGCGGCCGGAGCUUCUGUGGCCGGUGCCGAAACACUGGACGCUGGAGGAUGCGGCCACGGUCCCUGCGGCGUACGCUCUCGCAUUCUACUGUCUCGCCAUCAAAGUGCCCAUGCAACGCAACCAGAGUAUCCUAGUGCAUGGAGGUGCCGGCGCCCUGGGCCAGGCCGUUAUAUCCAUAGCGUUGGCCCAAGGACUGCAAGUGUUCGCUACUGUCAGUGACAUAAGGAAGAAGCACUUUCUCAAAAAACUAUUCCCAGAACUGAAAGAGGAUUAUAUUGGAAAUUCGAGAGAUGCUACUUUUGGAGAUAUGGUGCAAAUCCACACGAAAGGAAAAGGAGUCCUAUACGUAAUUAAUUGCAUAAAGGGAGAUCUGAAAGAUAUAUCCUUACGCAUCACCGCUGAAAAUGGCAGCGCAUUCGACACCACACAGAUACAAAACGAUGACAAAUACUCGUUCAAGAUGCAACAUUUAUCAUUUUGCAAACACUGCUAUUGGAUAGACUUCUCAACGAUUGUCAGAGAGAAGAGUGAAAUAACGCUGAAGCUGCAGUGCCUAGUGAGUGAGGGCAUACGUCAGGGGUACGUGCGGCCGCUGUCGCGCGUGACGUACGCGCCGCUCGACGCGCCGCGCGCCUUCCGCCUGCUGCGCGCCAGCCAGCACCGCGGCCGUGUGCUGCUCUCGCUGCAGCACCUGCCACGACCCCAGCCCAGGAUUAUAUGCAGUCAGAAACGGACACAUCUUUUGAUUUGUGACGACCAGUCUUUCGGCACCGAAGUAGCUGAUAAAUUGGUGAAACGAGGUGCCACUAAACUGUUUCUUCAGUUGCCGACAUCAUCAGCUCAAGUACUGUAUAAGAAAGGAUCAUGGAAAAAUGUCGGAGUGGAUGCUAAAAUAUCAACUUCUGAACUUAAAGAUAAAAAUGAUGUUUAUGAUGUCCUGAUGAAUGGAAACAACAUGGGCGUUGUGGAGGGAAUUUACUUCAUCAAAACGAGACCCCAUUCUAGUACUGAUCAAGAAGUGUUGAAUUAUCUGGAUGAAAUUUCUAGAAAAGUUUGCCCAUCGUUAAGGUAUUUCGCAGUAGUAACUCCUGAUAAAAACUUUGGUACUAAAACAUGUAUCACAAGAGCGGUAAAGAAUCUUCCUGCUACUAAAGUUAGCCUACCUUCUCUAAAAAAGAUAUACGAAGCCACAGGUGGAUGUUCUAAAGAUACAAUUUCUUCAUGGCUGGCUUGUGAUGCUUUGGAACAAGCGUUACGUUCUAAGGAAACCAUUAUAUUGGCACAAAUUAAGAGAUGUAACAACAACUCUUUACUACAUAAGAUUGCUACAAUUUCUGAUAACAACGUGUCAGAAAAUAUUGGAGACGAUGUUACGCUUGAGGACCUUGGAGUGAGCAUUGAGAAAGUACCAGCUAUUGAUGUUUUAUUGUGCGAAGAAUAUAACCUGUCUUUAUCGGAAGAAGAUAUUUUACACCUGAGUGUUAAAAAGAUAAGAGAGGUAGAACAGACUUUAAAAGGAAGAGAGCUGAAGGAAACUAAAGGCUUGGAAAUGUUCUUCUCAUAUUUUGAUAGUGAUGAACUGUCGUCGACUACUCAAAUCAUGUUGCUUCCAACACUGGCGAAUGACGCAAUGAUGAGAAAUGAUGACUUCGAUGUUACAAAAUCUUACCUUUGCAUCAUUCCUGGCAUAGAAGGUCAUUAUGAGCAGUUCAGGGAUGUGUGUGAGCGCGUCAAGAUAUCAUCCUUAGUCCUACAACCAGGCCUGGACGUGCCCAACGAAAGUAUUAAGCAAAUGGCUGCCAGAUACGCUCAGACCCUUAUGAAGAUGAUUGCAUUAAAGGACAGUUUCUAUUUGUUGGGUUACGAAAGCGGUGUGAUGGUAGCACUCGAAACUGCAGCAAUAUUUGAAAAACAUGGACUGUCAGGUACAAUUUACCUGAUCGGCACAUCACCGGGCCAAUUCAGGACACUCCUAGAAACAGAACUCCAGAAUUAUCAAGACGAUGAAUCUUUGCGAACAGCCUGUCUCAAACAUAUGUACAAGCUGAUCUGCGGAGAAGAUCUGACGCUGGAAUUCAAUGAAACGACCGAAUGGAAGGAACGCGUCGAAUUGUGCGUUCGAGAAUUGCUCGGGCGCGUUUCUCUGUCAGCUCAGUACACGCGGUUGAAUCUAGAACUUCCUUACCACCGAAUCAAGCAGGUAUUGCAAUACGAACCCGAGGUUUCUCCGCUUAGGUCAAAGAUUGUAUUCCUCCAACCGAAUAGUUCGAAUUGCGAUGCAGCUGAAGAGCUUCAGAAAUAUAGUUGUCAGCCGGUGGUCGUUCAUAAGCUGGUUCUACCAUUCGCUCAAGUUUUGGAGGAUUUGAGAUGUGCCUCCUACAUCAAUCAACAUUUGGAAGAUGGUAUUAUUGAGGAGUACGAGAACAUGAAUCCGUGUGAAACUUAUCUCUUGAGUUCUGACACUUUCGCGACUACGGUAGAUUUUUAGGUACCUGUUUUUAAUACCUAUAAGCUUCGGUAUUUCGUCGGUAAACUAGGAGGGGUAAAUGUAUUUAUUAUAUAUACUAUUGUAUUGUACUAUUAAACACUUUAAAUAAA